AUGGCCCUGCAAUACCCUGAAUACCUGCAGUACUUCAAAUGCCAAGUGGAAAAUGGAGUGUGGGAAAUUGAGGACCAGGAAGAGAAUCUUUUCAAAAUGUUCCCCAUAGUCCUGGCCAUCCUUGUGGCCUGGCUGCUCUGCUUCAUCUUCACGGUGACAGAUGUCUUCCCUCCUGACAGCACCAAGUACAGCUUCUACGCACGCACAGAUGCCAGGCAAAGCGUGCUUCUGGUGGCCCCGUGGUUCAAGGUCCCAUACCCAUUCCAGUGGGGCCUGCCCACCGUCUCCGCCACAGGUGUCAUCGGCAUGCUCAGUGCAGUGGUGGCCAGCAUCAUCGAGUCCAUCGGCGACUACUACGCCUGUGCGCGCCUGUCCUGCGCCCCGCCGCCGCCCAUCCACGCCAUCAACAGGGGCAUUUUAGUGGAGGGAGUCUCUUGCGUGCUCCACGGCGUCUUUGGCACUGGAAAUGGGUCCACGUCAUCCAGCCCCAACAUCGGAGUGCUGGGGAUCACCAAGGUAGGCAGUCGCCUGGUGAUACAGUACGGAGCGGCCCUGAUGCUGGCCCUGGGCAUGGUGGGAAAGUUCAGCGCCCUCUUCGCGUCCCUUCCUGACCCUGUGCUGGGCGCCCUCUUCUGCACGCUCUUCGGGAUGAUCACAGCGGUUGGACUCUCCAACUUGCAAUUCAUCGAUUUAAAUUCUUCCCGGAACCUCUUUGUGCUCGGAUUCUCCAUCUUCUUUGAACUCGUCCUUCCAAGUUACCUCAGCCAGAACCCUCUCGUCACAGGGAUAACGGGGAUUGACCAGGUGCUGAACAUUCUGCUCACCACAGCGAUGUUCGUGGGAGGCUGCGUGGCUUUCAUUUUGGAUUACACCAUUCCAAGUACUCCAGAGGAACGAGGAAUCCGGAAGUGGAAGAAGGGCAUACGCAAAGGAAGCAAGACGCUCGAUGGCAUGGAGUCGUACGAUUUGCUUUUCAGCAUGAACAUUAUCAAAAAGUACCGAUGCUUCAGCUACUUGCCCAUCAACCCCACCUUCAUGGGCUACACCUGGAAAGGCCUCCGGAAGAGCGGGACCAGCCGGAAUCCGGGGGAAGACUCCCAGGCCACAGUAUAG